AGUGUACAGUUUGAACAAUGCAUCCGGGGUCACUUACUAUACCGUUUUUCAUUGUAUCUGGAUCGUAUCUUGAUUGAUCAUGAUGUAUCAUUGAUUAAACCGAUUUAUUGACUUAUUAGGAGCCAUGUAUAUUGUAUAUGCCGGCUAAAUAUUUGCUUAAUUGAUUAUUUUAUGUUUUUGUACGAACCCAUGCUUUCGAAAGUGAAAUCUCAAAAAUGAGAAAAUUAUAUGUUUCAAGGAACAGUUUUGGUGUUUCAAUAAUUGCUUUAUAAUUGCUUUAAUAAUAGUUAACGAUUCACCUUUACUUUUAAAUGGUAUUAUAUGCCAGUUCAUGCAUCAUCUCAUGUACUAAAAUAUUUCAGGGAGGUUAUCAUAUUACGUACUAAGCAGUAAGCACAUAAUAUAUUCCGAGGAAAAUAUUUCAGAUAAAUAUUUUAGAGGAUUACAGCUUGGGGUAUGGACUGGUUGGGUUUGAAGGAAUUUUAUUCGAACUGUACUAUCCAUCUACUUUGUUGCUAUCGGUUUUGUAUCUUAUAAUAAAUCAAUUUCAGUAUAUUGUGAAUUGCCAAGUAUUGGGAAUGCGACCGUCCAAUUCAAGAAUGGUUCGGCUAUCGUUACAAGCAGGUUUAUCUUUGGCACUGAACUGACAGUGAUUUGCAAUGCUGGUUACCUACAUGAGGGAGAGGAAAGAGUCAACUGCCAGGCAAGCGGAGAAUUUUCAAAAACACCUGCCUGCACAGAUAUAAGCAAGGUCACGUGUCCUGUGUUGGAAGUACGGAUUGGAACACUGAAAUGUGACAUGACAGCUGAUCCUAUCUCCUGUACACAUCACUGUCCAGACGGGUAUUUGUACGAGUUAAAUGGAACCUUGCAGACAAGUGGGAGUGUGUCUUGUAAUAGUUCCACAGCACAGUGGUCCCACAUGUCGAGGGGCAACCCUUUGGGGGAGCUACCAAAAUGUGCAGCGUCGAUAACUCCAACACACUACCUUACGUUUGUGGAUAUGAGUUUUCUGGGAUCAGAAUCCUGUCCAGAUAUUAGCAAGACACAGCUUGCUCUGACAACGUACUUCUCUGGUAGUUCUAGUGACUCUUACAGCUGUAUUAAGGGCGAAAAUCCAGCGUGCAGUAUAACUGAGGUAAAAUGCAGUAGCUCUUCAACCUCGUUAAAGAUAACAUACAACGUCAAGCAGACUGGUGACUUGAAGAUACCGGUAGAAACAUUCAGCUCACAGAUCACUGCUGAUGUAAAAAGCAAAAACCUCAAGUUAACUGUCAAUACCGUAAAACGUAGGAAGAGAGCGAUAGAGUUAACAGGUGACACGUCCGAAAUAAGCGGUCCCACCGCUAGAUGUGAAGCUGGGGCAGGAUACGUUGGAACUGUCUGUGUAAAGUGCCCCAUUGGACGAUAUGAAAAAGAUGGUGUUUGUACCGACUGUCCUGCAAACACAUUCUCAAACACUGUCGGUAGUACAAAGUGUAAUGAUUGUUCAGACGAUCUGAAAACCAUCACUACCGGCUCUGACAGUGAAUCUGAUUGUACAGCAUUAUGUAAAGUACCAGAUAUGGUAAAUGGGUACAGCUAUCCUGCAUCUGGUUAUACAGUCAGCGAUAAGACGACUGUCUACACCCAUUGUAAGGACUACUAUUCAGUUCAACAUAAUAUAUUGCAAUCCCGCCCUUGCGGACAGCUUGAUUCAACCAAACCAGACUUCCCAAAUUGCUACAGAAUGUGCAAGAUAGUCCACAUAAGUGACAGCAUGUCAGUGACGGAUAAAUCAGUGGAGAUUAAUUCUCUGCUAGCUUAUAAAGAGCCAGCUAAUUUUACUUGUAAUGAUGAGAAAGACACUGCAAUCUGUGCGAAUGCGGGGCAGAAUGUUUCCCUCUACUGUAACAAAGUUUCUAUCAUACUAUUGCUGGCAAUAAUUGCUGGAGGAACAUUACUACUGACAGUUACUAUGGUUACUGUCUACUUCCUUUGUUGCAUAUCUGGUAAAAAGAAGGGGAUGGCACGAAGAGAGGAAACUGCAGUAGAGCCUAUGUUAAAACUAAAUGUAGGAUUGGGAGGAGUCUUCAGAGGGCUUGAUGAACAAACUUACAAUCUGGCAGAUCAACGGUCAGAUGAAGAUGAUGAAUCGGAAGAUAAAAAGAAGGAAACUAGUUUUUAGCAGCCAUAUAUUUUAAACUAUAAUUUUAACUAUCAUGAAUUAAAACAUGUUGUUCCUAAAAUUAUGUAUAUUUUUAUUGUG